GAGAGCGCACGGCUGCCGGACUGACUGCAGUCCUGACACCCGGAUCCGGGCUCACUUGGCUUUACUUUACCGCGCACCUCGUCAAUGUAUUAACAUUACUCGGGAGUAGGAGGAAACAUAGUCCUCGGUUUAUUUCGGUUUGGGCUCGAUUCGCAACUUAGAGGAGUCUACUGAAUGAAGCCGUUGUUUGCAGAGAAAUCCAAGUGUCCCAGCUGCUAAAGCGAAACUCACUGAACAUCCCAACAGACGGAGACGUUUUAGAGGAUUUUAAGACUCUUUCCAGACAGUGUAUUGAACAAGGAUGAUUGCAACCGCCUUACACAAUUAAGUGAGGUAUUGCAUUUCAGAAAAAAACGGUGAUCACAGCAAUGCUACAACGGCAUGUGCGUCUGCCCCUCUCCAAAUCUCCCAGUGAGGAUUUAAGCGCCGCUCAUUUUGAAUAAGUCGAGAAGUCACCGAAGAUGAGAGCUCUGCAAACAUUCCUGUUUCUGUUCCUCCUGCACCAGGUCACAUGCAGGAAAGAGCACAGAGGAGCCACAGAGCUCAUCGAGUGGGCCGACAUUGACACCGAACAGAAGAUCUCUCCCACGGGUGCCAGUCCACGGAUCCUCAACCCCCUGCGCUUGUUUGCCAAGGGCUCCCCCGGGUUCAAGAGUAACAUGAGGGAAAUAACAUAUUUACAGAAUAUGGAGGACUUCUGGGACUGGUUAUCUAACCAGACAGAUGCUCAGGGGGCACAGGCCAGAACUAAACGCAGGCCCAUCGUCAAGACCGGAAAGUUCAAAAAGAUGUUCGGGUGGGGGGACUUCCACUCCAACAUCAAGACUGUCAAACUCAACCUGCUGAUCACGGGGAAGAUCGUGGACCACGGGAACGGCACUUUUAGUGUUUACUUCCGCCACAACUCCACGGGCCUGGGGAACGUGUCGGUCAGCCUGGUGCCGCCUUCCAAGGUGGUGGAGUUCGAGAUCGCCCAGCAGUCCACGCUGGAGACCAAAGACACCAAAUCGUUCAACUGUCGCAUCGAGUACGAGAAGACGGACCGCAACAAGAAGACUGCGCUGUGUAGCUUCGACCCGUCCAAGGUGUGCUAUCAGGAGCAGACGCAGAGCCACGUGUCCUGGCUGUGCUCCAAACCCUUCAAAGUCAUAUGCAUCUAUAUAGCCUUUUACAGUGUAGACUAUAAACUGGUGCAGAAGGUAUGCCCUGACUACAACUACCAUAGCGACCAACCUUACUCCUCCACAGGAUGAUCUGGCUGUUGGUAGUAUGCAUCAACCUUAAAGUUAUGUAAAUGUCAACCUCUAAGCUCCCUGUCCCGAAAUACCUAAAUACCUGAGACACGUUGUGGGAACUUAUAAUGGGGCACAUUCUGGAGGGAUUUGAUGCAUUGUUAAAAAAAUAAACUUUUGUAUAUAGAACUUGAGAUAGUUAGGUGUUCAGGGACUUGGUUUUAGGGGUUGACUUGGGAUUUAGAGCUAGCUACCAACCCUGGGUGACUCCUCCCCAUCACAACAGCACAUGUUCUCCGUAAACCGCUGGUGUAAUUAGCAUGUUGUCCAGAUGUUUUCUUCAAGGCUAGUCCAUAGGCAGGAGGGCCUCCCAGUUGGAAGUGCAUAGCCAGCUUCAGUGCAUUGAUGCCAACAUUGAUUUCCUCACCUCACUGAAACCAUUAUGGGAUGAAAUAUGAUAAGGCUUUGAAUCAGGUUAAUAAUUACCAAGAUGUUUCAAUUGAACACGGGAUAAAAUUAGAUAUUUCCCCUUUGAAACAUUAUUACGUUUUGAUUUGACAAAAUGAAGUGUUCAUUGCCUUCGAAAGUAGAGCUAAUAUCCAUUUGUACUUGUUAACGGGACACAGGCACGCAGUCUAUUCAGAUUAGCUUGAUCAAUUUUUCUCAAGUAGCUGUGAAAUAUGGCCUCACAAUCUAUAUUUUAUUUCUUGUCUUUCUAUAUAAGGACUGGAAUAGUCAAUUGAUUAUGUGCCCGUGACAAAAUAAAUUGUUCCAACAAAUCUAAUCCCAACAGCAAGCAGAGAACCUAAUCGUAAAUCAUUACUCAUUCGUAUGUAGGUACCCAUCCGUGUAUAACCUGGCUGCUGCCUUUUGUGCUCCUUAUAAUGUGUCGGUUUUCCGCUGCAACCAUCACAAGGCAUGUGUAUGCUAAAUUAGUCUGAAAUCCAACAUCUGUGUUUGCAGGAUGCACUUUGAGGCAUCAGCCUGCCGAGAGACCCCCGCAGUGGAUUAAUGUGUCAGGAGAGGAGGGGGAGAGGCGAUAAUUGCAGGACAGGUGGAUUUAGUGAGUCUGGCAGACAAUUAUCAGCACUUUGUCAUGGUCCUGCCACCAGCCCUGACAUUACCUGUCUUUAAUAGGCUUUAAUUAGCCUGGGAAAUUUCAUUUAGCUAAGACUAAGAGUGGAGAAACCCAAAAAAAAAAA